AUGGAAAAUCUAAAAACUUCUUCCCACACCCGUUCACUUAGUUUGCCAUCCACUUCACAUCCACUCAAUGCAAGCAUUGAAAUUCAGUUCUGUAAGCUGAGGGCGGCAACUCAAGCAAGGCCCUCUUCUUUAUCAAUAUGCCAAAACUUGUGCAACAUAAAGGACUUGUAUGAGCAGAUGAAUGAUAUGAUUCAUUUGCCAAACAACCAACAAGUUCUUUCUAAUGAGCAUCACAAGAAAGAGGUUGAAAGGGUUCUCGAGGGAUCUCUUUCUUUGUUAGAUGCCUCUAGCUCUGGACUUGAUGCACUAUCCCAAAUGAAAGAUUCUAUUCUAGAAAUUGAAUCAGCUCUCCGUAGGGGUAUCAAUGAUGAAGGAAUCCAUAUAUUUGAGGUGUCGAGAAAGAAGGUCUGCAAGGUACUCUCCAAGAGCCUUGCAAAUUUAAAGAAAGCCGAGAAGAACUGUGCCUUAACACAACCUGAAGGUGCCUGCAUUACUGUGAGAAUGCUAAAAGAGGCUGAGGCAAUCAGUCUGUCAAUAUUGAAGUCUCUUUUCUCAUUUCUGAUGGGGAAUAAGGCAGCUUCUCAGACACGCGGCUGGUCCUUAGUUGCAAAACUUGUGAAGUCUAAGCAUGUAUCUCGCGAUGCAGAAAACAUUACUGAAGUAGUCUGCAUAGAUAAUGCCCUGAGCACUCUUUCAGACAACCAUUCAAGUGAUGAAACUAAGGUUGUACUAAGGCAAUUAGAGCUGUUAGAAAAGGUCAUCCUUGACCUCGAAGAUGGCUUGGAGUCUAUCUCUAGAUGCUUUGUUAGAACAAGAGUUUCCCUUCUCAAUGUAUACAACUAG